CCCCCCUCAGUCAGUUUACGGAAAGCAGUGACUAAUGGCUGAAGCCGGUGGGCUGUGUUAUCAGUAGUGCCAGUCGGACAGUCGCACUUCAUCCACUUCCUUCUUCUUCCAAGGGGGACUGACUGAUAGGCCCCUGUCAGACACUGUGAAGCCUCGGGCUGUCGUGAUGUCGGAGCCCAAGGCGCCCACUCCGACACCGGGGGACACGUACAAAGGCUGGCUCUUCAAGUGGACGAACUACAUCAAAGGAUACCAAAGACGAUGGUUCGUCUUGAGCAACGGUUUACUGUCUUACUACAGGACGCAGGCAGAGAUGGGCCACACGUGUCGGGGCACAAUAAACCUGGCAACGGCCAACAUCGCUGUGGAGGACUCGUGCAACUUUGUCAUCUCCAAUGGCGGUGCCCAGACAUACCACCUGAAGGCCAGCUCAGAGGUGGAGCGCCAGCGCUGGAUCACGGCUCUGGAACUAGCCAAGGCAAAGGCUGUGCGCAUGCAGGCUGAAUCAGAUGAUUCUGGGGACGAGUGCUCCACCUCCCCACCCUCGGGGGGACAGGGCAUAGGGGCACGAAACUCGGAGGUACAGUCCACUCUCCGCACCCUGGGCAGCAAGGUGGAGGACUUGAGCACCUGCAACGACCUCAUCGCUAAACAUGGUUCAGCACUUCAGAGGUCCUUGUCUGAGCUGGAGGGCGUUAAGCUGGGCGGGGACACGAGCGAUAAGAUUCGUCAGGUUACAGAAAGAGCCACGCUCUUCCGCAUCACCUCCAAUGCCAUGAUCAAUGCCUGCCGGGACUUCCUGGCCUUGGCACAGGCUCACAGCAAGCGCUGGCAGAAGGCUUUACAGGCCGAGAGAGAGCAAAGGGUUCGUUUGGAGGAGACACUGGAGCAGCUAGCCAAGCAGCACAACCACCUAGAGAGAGCUUUCAGAGGAGCCACUGUACUGCCUGCAUCCCAGAGCAACCCCACUGCAGACAGCAAAGGUUCAGGUCCUGGAAAAGGUGACGCCAGCGAUGAUGACGAGAAUGAGUUUUUCGACGCGUGCGAAGAUGUGCAAGAGUUUAUCACCAUUCCGGCUGACCCCAAAUACCACAGGAGGUCAGGCAGCAACGUCAGUGGAAUCAGCAGCGAGAUAGGAAUGGACGAUGGGACGACAUCGCUGGACGAGCAGUCUUUGGCAUCCAAUCCGGAGUCUCCUCAAUCACAGGAGGUGGAGCCUGUGAGGAAGAGACGAGCUAGAAUCCCAGACAAACCCAACUACUCGCUCAAUCUCUGGAGCAUCAUGAAGAACUGUAUUGGGAAAGAGCUCUCCAAAAUCCCAAUGCCUGUGAACUUCAACGAGCCCAUUUCUAUGCUGCAGCGUCUGUCGGAAGACCUGGAAUACUCAGAGCUACUCGAUCGUGCCGCUAAGUGCCAGAGCUCCUUGGAGCAGAUGUGCUACGUGGCCGCAUUCACUGUCUCCUCCUACUCUACCACGGUGCACCGCACAGGCAAGCCCUUCAACCCGCUGCUGGGAGAGACCUUUGAGCUGGACCGCCUACAGGAGAGCGGCUACAGGUCUCUCUGUGAACAGGUUAGUCAUCAUCCUCCAGCAGCAGCACAUCAUGUCAUCUCUGAGCGAGGCUGGACCCUGAGGCAGGAGAUCACUGUGGCCAGCAAGUUCAGGGGCAAAUACCUCUCCAUCAUGCCCCUCGGGACUAUUCAUUGUAUAUUUGAGAAGAGUAACAAUCACUAUACCUGGAAGAAAGUGACCACCACAGUGCAUAAUAUCAUCGUAGGCAAGCUGUGGAUAGACCAGUCUGGGGAGAUAGACGUGAUAAACCAUAGAACAGGUGAUCGCUGCCACCUUAAAUUUGCUCCAUACAGUUACUUCUCCAGAGAUGUGGCCAGAAAGGUGACUGGAGUGGUGACGGAUAAGGAUGGGAAGGCUCACUAUGUGCUGUCAGGAACAUGGGAUGAAAAGAUGGAGUGUUCGCGUGUGAUGCAGAGCAGCAGAGGAGGAGAAAAUGGCAUGGAGGGACGUCAGAAAACGGUCUACCAGACGCUCAAACCCCGUGAGCUGUGGAGGAAAACACCACUGCCGGAGGGUGCUGAGACCAUGUACUACUUCUCAUCCCUGGCAUUGACCCUGAAUGAGUCGGAGGAGGGUGUGGCACCCACAGACAGCCGGCGGCGGCCAGACCAGCGGCUAAUGGAGCAGGGAAUGUGGGACGAGGCCAAUGCUGAGAAGCAGCGACUGGAGGAGAAACAGCGCAGCGUGCGCAGGGAGAGAGAGAGGGAGGCUGCCCGACUGGCCAACACUGCUGAAGAGGCUGUCAUUGAGGACACCAUAACUGACUCGCCUCUAAAAAGUGUUCCCCAGGACAACUACAAGGCCUUGUGGUUCGAGCAUCGUGAGGACCCAGUGACUGGAGAGCCCACGCACAUCUAUAAAGGGGGAUAUUGGGAGACCAAGGAGCAAGGCCACUGGGACAUCUGCCCUGACAUCUUCUGAUCCAAAUAAUGCACAUCUCCAGCUGUGGAGAGGACUACCCAAAAGAAAAAAAAAAUGCAGCGAACUGCUCUCCUUUCCCUCAUCUGUCUUUGCCAGGGCAUACUGGACAUCCAUGACUCAUUUAUCCUGUAUUCAUGUCACUCAUAACUUCCAUAAUCUCUCUUUCUCCCUUAGUCAGCUGGUCAGUUAAUCAGUCGAUCUUUUUCUCUCUUUAAUUCCUUUUCCCUCUGUCAGUAGAUAGAAUAGUGGUGGGCACCACAACAGGAAUUUGAGACCAGAGAGAGGCGUUCAGGACUGGUCGUAGGCCUUCAUCCGUUUGUUUGCCUAGCCUAAUCCUCUGUUCUCAACAUCUGUUCUUGCCUUCCUCCCCUCCUCCUUCUACCAUUUUUUCCUCACAUAAGGGAAGGGAUGCACACAUGCUCUCAUUCUCUAGUUGGCAGAAAAGCAUCAAACCCUUUUACUCUGCAGUCCAGUGAGUGAGUGGUCCUGCUGCGCCUUCACUAAAAAGCCCCUGCACCCCACACGUCUUCCGUAGUGUGGAAAAAUGAAGGGGUUGAUGAGGUGUGUGGUUUGUUGUGUGCGAGAGAGUGCUAAAUAUGAUGUAGUGUUGAUUUGCGAUUGCAUAUGUAUGUGAAGAGAGUUGACAUUGGCUUGUGACUCUGGUCAUUACCCAUCUCUCUUGGCACUUAAGGUCGUAGGCACAGAACUGUGUUCAUGUCUUAGUUCCUCGCCAAUAUGGAGACACUGUUCGCCUGGCUCUUUGCCCCGCUUAGGGCUGCACAAUAUGGACAAAAUUCUAGUCUUGCAGUUGCUAUACAACUUGCAGUAUCUAAAGAACACAUGAAUACUCUGAUUCAUCAAAACACCCAGAGACAAAAAGAAAAUGUAUGAUUGGUGAGAAGGCUUAUUUGCAUAUUGCAGCUAGGGAUGUGUGCUCAAGUACUCAAGUUAACUGUUCGAGAGGUCAGUAUUUGAAUACUGAAAUCACAAUUCGGUAUUUAUUGGUUUCGUCACGAGAACACGGAGAAUAUAUACAGGCCAACAGCUCUUCUGUUUUAUGUCUAAACAGGGCUAUAAAAUGUUCUGCUCACAUUUGUGACUUUGUUUAUUAUAUUACACUUUCCUACUCCUGAAGAACAACUUCCUUAACAUGAGCCUGUUGUUAAGGAUGAGUUUUAUUUCUUCCUUUUUUGCUGCUCCUACAUUUCUCCAGAUAUCUAUUCAUUAACAGAUCAAAAUUUGUCUAAAUGCACAUCCAUAACUGCAGCCCUCCGCAAUUUCAGUAUUGCAAAGGCCAGUAUCUGGAUAACGAUUUCAAAAAAUAUCAUCCAGGCGGUUCCCUGAUGAUGUUACUGUUGUUGUCCACAGUGAGCUGGUAAAGAAUGUUUAAAAAAGCAUCUGAAGUAGCCAGAAGAGGAUGUGACAAGAAGCCUGUGGGGGGAGGAUAGUCUGGAGUUUAAAUGUGUGGAUGAUUUCCGCACUUGCAUAAUGUAAUUGCCAGACAUUACUUAGUGCAAAACUAGGGCCUGCAUGCAUAAUAGCACCACAGGAACAAAAUACUGUACUGCAGUUAUGUAGACAUAUAUUGUAAUUUCAAAUUUCCUUGCAGUGUAUUAAAAAAACACUGCAGAUUGGCGUGCAUAAUGACAGUACUGCAAAAUUCUGAGACCACUCUUUGUUUGAACAACCAUUAAGUACUAACUAUUCCUUUUUUUUCAGCAUCACAAGUGUUCACUCUUUGCCUUUAUUACAGCUUCUAUUCUUUUCAGGAGACUUGCUUUCAAUUUUUUUAAAAGAAUCUGCAGUAAUGUUUUUACACCCCACCAAAGUUCAAUCUUAGAAGUUGGUUUAGCAUUUUCUGCUUCUCAGAAUUGAUUUUCCUUUUCUCAGUAAAGGCUUCUUGACAGCUACACAUUCUCUCAGACCCGUAGCAUUGAGUAGUCUUCUCACAGUGGAAGGAUGAGCAGUAACAUUUUCUCAAAUCUGAACCAAUAGUGGAGCUUGAUUUCUUAUGGAAACUGUGAUUGGUCAAGAUGCUCACAGCACACAAUAAGAACAUUUAGAGAGAUUGCUUAGAGGCUCAUUUGCAUAGCGCACUUUUGACAUGCCAGCGUUGUAAAGGCCAAUAUUGCAGUAAUGCUUAACUAAUUAUAUAUUGUGCAGCCCUAAUGUGUACACAGUUACACAAAUAAUCAUGUCUGCAACUAUAUCGCACUCCCUUCACUUCCCUAAAACACUAUUGAACAGCACCUCCUCCAGCUGAACGCUGGCUCAUUUCUUGCAGGCCUAGAGAUAAAGAUUUGGACAACGCCUGCAAAUCAAAAGGGUGUUUGAGUGUGUGAUUGUAAGAGGCCGUGUAAGGUCAAGAGGAGGCUUUCAAUAACAGUUUGUAUGGGGUGUGUGUGUGUGUGUGUGUGUGUGUGUGUGGUGUUUGUGUUCACGAGUGACAUUUGAGGGGUUUAUUGUAUAUUCUAUUUGGGAGGGAAAAAACAUUUUAUUUUCAAGUGUACUUAUGACAGAUGAAAAAACAUUCAAAACGUAAUAAAACCAACACAAAACAAAGCAGAAACACUGCAAAUAUUUGUGUAUAUAUCAAAUAAUGAAGGAAUAUUAGUAAUAUUAAUAACAGCGAUCAUUCUGGAGAGACUUCCAUUAAGCAGCACUCAAUAAUGAUGGUAAUUCUGACGUUCUUUUGAGGGGUAGCGUGAUUAGUUGUAUUUUUGAUUUCAUGAUGUUUAAAGGGGAAACUGUCAAUGCGUUUUGUCAUUUAGUUGAAGUUGUUUGCUUUCCCCAUAUCAAAAUGAAUGGAAAAAUAUAAGUUGUUUUUUGUCCUAACAAGGACAAGGACAUGUAUUAAUGUUUGUUUGUUUGUUUGUUUUUUGUAAUGUAUCUUCGGACUUAUCCCUUUCCGUUAAUUUGUAUAGCAGUAAAAUGGCAUGUAAUUUUACUGUUCUGUUUUUAAUUUGUGUAUAACAUCAUUCUUUGCUAUUUUUUUUUUUGUUUCAUUAUCUCUCACUUCUAAUGUUCUUGUUGAUUUUGUUUUUUUUUCCUCCACCUUUUUUUUUCUUUUCUUUUUCUCUCUCUCGGUGUCUAUUGGCACAGAACGGACUGAGUGUAGUAACGCUGCAGGAUGAUGUAAUAAAAUUGGAUUGGAAAAAAAAGAGUAUGACUCUUCUGUGAUUGGCUGUGUUUUGUUGUUUUGGCAUCUGUGUAAAUCUAUUAGCUCAUUUGUGGUGUAAUGGGAAGUAUUUGGUCAUGACGGUUGUGUGAAGCAACUGCUGUCUAAAAUUCACUUUUUCUUAAGAGGUUAAGCAGAAUGAUCGUCAUGUUUGUAAAAAAUAAAUCCCCCUCCCAAAAAUAAA